AUGUCGUCGACGCAAGCAUUCCAGCACACCGCCGUAGAGGACCCUGACGCCGGCUGGAAGCCAAACAACCGUCCCCAGUCGACCAUUGCCCGCAACUUCAUGUCAGAGCUCGACGACCUCUUCCGGCUCGACGGCGGCAUUGAUCUGCUCGAUAAGACCGUGCAUCAGAAGAAGCAAGCCGUAUCCACCCACACACAGGAGCUCGAAGCGCUCGAGGCCAAGCUCCGCGAGACCGAAGAGCGCCUCAACCAGGCCCGCAACUCGCCGCCGCGCCGGAAAGACAGCCAGCGCCGCACCCCCGUCGAGGGCACCUUCUCCGCCCAAGACAAGGCCCGCCUCGAGAGCAGCGGAAGCCCCCGGCCGGUGCGCCAGGACAAGGAGAACAUGCCAGGUGCGUUGUCAGAACUCACCCAUUCUGAUACCAGCACUGAAUACAUCCUUGUAGACCGGCCGCACUCCGCCCGCACCGACGACGGAAACAAGGCAUAAGCGCGCACACAUUUUUCCAUGAUACCAGGAGCACGACUCCGUUAGGACAGGCGUAGCAAGAGCUACAGGCAUUUGGGUAGGUACCGCAUUGGGGGACAUACAACCUUUAAUUGACGAGGUUUCGGAUCGUAUCGCUU